AUUCGAUAUGCUGCAAAAAGUCAAAUCAAUGUCUGCUAAAAUUUCCAAGUUGUUGGAAAAAGGAUUCAAUGCACUUGAAAUGGAGAUCGAAGAGAAUGCAAGACUUAUGAAAACAUGGGGAAAAUGUAAGUGAACUCUCUCGGGGCCAGAGUAUCGAUUGGACAGCUCACCCGAUUCAAUUUAAAAUCGAAAAAAAAAUGACUUUAGUAUGGAAGCAAACAGGCCUUUGCCCAUCCAGUAGACGAUUAUUAACAACUGGUACUCAAUAUAAUGAUAUAAUCAAAGAAGCACAAAGAGCAGACCUUAUUGUUGAAGCAAAGAUGAACAAUUGGAGUAAGGCGAUUGCAAUGCUUUCUAAACCAGUAUCAGAAAUACAGCAGAAUUUGCCCGUCCUUUUAAUAGAUGAUAUAAGUCUCGAGCUCAUUGAGAGUACAAUUAAAAAGAUCCGCGAAAAUAUGCAAAUGUUGGAAGAGCUGUCCAAUGUAGGUGCGGGUCUAUUAGUAAAAAUGGAUAAACACACAGAAACAGAUGAUAUAUUGCCUUUACUUCUUAAAUCGUUCCAUGACAAAACGAAGAAUGAGAGUUCAGCAAUCGUUUUAAGGGCCGAGGACUUUAAAACAGAAGUAGAGCAACAAUUAUCAAUAUAUAUUGCAUUUGAUAAAGAGUUUGCAGAACUAAAUACUGAGCAAUUAGAAGUAGGCAACACGAUCAAAAAACUGUUUACACAACUCACAGAUUGUACAGCAAAAAAUGAGACUUUAAUUAAACGAACAGAAGCUAUAGGAAACUUGUUAUCCGCCUUUGACAAAUUUAAAGAGAUAAGGAUUAAUCUUGUUGAAGGUAUUAAGGUAAUGUAUACGGUAAUGCUUCAAGUUAAAACUGCUAUGAGGGAACUCGAAGUUUACAGGCGAUUUUAUAGUUCUACUCCCAUUAUACAGACUUCUUAGUUCAGUUCUGUGAUGAAUGCAAUGAAUUCUUUGUUUCUAGAAGAUUGGAGGCAGCUAAACUUGCAAAUAAUAUCAAAUAAUGAAGGUGUAAAACUUCAAACAUAAAUAUGGCUGACGGAUUCCUCUACUGGGUAUCUCUUUAGAAUGAAGAAGUUUUAUCUAAGUAAAUAUUGACAUACUAUCAUAUUGAUAGAAGCGCCGGUGUUGCAUUUAUAUCCUUUUUUUGCAGUUUCUUUUUUACUCUAUACCAAAUAGUAUAAAGAAGGGGGAUACGAAGGUGUGAAAUGUACGCAAAUGAC